ACCUCUUUCGAUUUUCUCGUCUACCUUGUCGAUCGGAUCUCAACUAAACCAAAAUCCUUCUUUCAUGUUUCGUAGACUCCCUCCUUUCUUUCACCCUAAACCUCUUUCACUUCUCCUCCCCAACAAACCUACUUUUUCAACAUCCCAGGCCAUUCUUUUACACUUCAACCAUCAAAAUGGCUGAUACCCAAAAGUUCUAUUCCUUUCCUUCCCUUGACAAAGUCUCUAAACCAGAGUUACUUCGUGCUUUGGAGUCUUCUCUAGGCUCUUCUUUUAGCUCUGACCGAAUUUGCCGCGCCCCCAACCCUUUAAUCAUUGUUAUAAGUGGUCCAAGUGGGGUAGGCAAAGAUGCAGUCAUCAAAAGACUCAGAGAAGUUAGAGAAAAUCUUCAUUUCGUUGUUACUGCUACGAGUAGAGGAAUUAGGCCUGGUGAAGUUGAUGGCAAAGAUUACUAUUUUGUGUCAAAGGAAGAGUUUUUAUCGAUGGUUGAAAAAGAUGAGCUUGUGGAGUAUGCUGUAGUUUAUGGUGAUUACAAAGGAAUACCUAAGAAGCAGAUAAGAGAGUUUAUGGCAAAAGGGUGUGAUAUUGUGUUGAGAGUAGACAUUCAAGGGGCAGAAACAUUAAGGAAGACACUUGGAGAUUCUGGGGUGUUCAUAUUUUUGGUGGCUGAGAGUGAGCUGGCGCUCGUUGAGAGGCUGAUUGAGAGGAAGACUGAGAGUAAGGAGGAAUUGCUAGUCAGGAUUGCUACCGCCAGAGAGGAGGUGAAGUUUGUUAAGAGAUUCGAUUAUGUUGUUGUGAAUGCACAUGGGAAGCUUGAGGAGGCUGUUAAUUUGGUGGGAUCUAUUAUCGAUGCUGAGAAGGCUAAGGUUAGGCAGAGGACGCCAUUCAUUUGAGAUUUUGACUUCUUCACUUUGGUUUCUUUUACUUCUUGUUGAAUUCUGUGUUAUUGGGAAUGGUUAAUCUGAAUGAAAGAGCAGUACAAUGUUUCAUUAUGAUAUCAUACCAAGAUUUAUUACACUUUUUCAAACUGCAUGCUGAAAUAGAAAUUUGUCGAGGUUUCAUGUAUGUAAGCAGGUCUCGGCUCUUGAGCCCUGAGUUCAUUAUAUUGUAAAGAUCUUCAUUUUAGGCCAAGUA